AUGCAACUGAAGCAGAUUCGACUGGAGCUGGCCCGCACGCCCGAGUUUCCCAACGGAAGCGCGGCGCACGGUUACGAGCUUGUGGCGCCACUGGACGCCAAAGGUCAUCUCGACCCGGCGGGAUUUUCGGAUGCCAAGGCGGCCUGCACCGUUCGCCGGUUCUGGGAGGGAGCCGACGACGAACAUGGGGAGGCGGCCGUGACGAAGGAUACCUACGGUUAUCUCGGCGUCGAACCGGGUGUGUUGCGAGAACAGCUCGAGAGGCUGGCGGCGACCCUGGAGACCAUGGUGAACGCCGAGAGCAAGGAGGCGCUGCACAGCGCCGACCAGGCCGCCCGCGGUUUUCUGGCCAAGGCCAGGGCGCUCGCCGAGGAGAUCGACAUCGAUCAUGCGGCGGUGCUGGCGCGCGAUGGACGCAAGGAACUCGAACGGUCGAUCCGCGAACGGCCCUGGACCUCGGUGGCGUGCGCCGCAGCGGCCGGAUUGCUGUUGGGCGUUCUCCUGGUGCGUCGAUGA